AUGGACUACUCACUGGGACUCAUUCGUUUUUCUGUGAAUUAUGGUCAAGACUUUCCAACAGCAACUGACAAGGAGAUCGAAGAAUCAUACAACGAAUAUAAAGACUUUUACGUCAAGUACCAUCAAGACUACCCCGCAGCAACGACGGAUUGCUACGCGCAAUACCUCGAAACUCUCGAUAAGCAAGGUUCCUCAAAAAUAACGAAGCUACGGGAUGACGUUCUUGAUAUAGCAUUCUCAGUCCCAUUCAGUUCGAACAUCGAUUACAUCACCGAGUUAAACCGGCAGUUAGGGUCGAUCAGAGAUUCUUCGGAAUAUUUUAAUUACCUUGCGGUAGUCCAGUCAUCCGGAUAUGGUAAAACGAGGGCUAUAUAUGAACUGGCAAAACUAUAUCCCGUGAUAUACCUGUGUUUCCGUUCAUCCGUAUCAACUGGAUAUCCGAAAGCAACGACACAUAGCUUGACAUUAAAGAAUGAGAUCGAGUUUUGCGACACGAUGGCCAAAGCGGAGGCUGUGGCUAACAGAUGGCUUGCUGCAAUGGUUAUUACUUUUCUGGACAAGAGCCGCGUUUACAAUAGGGUGGAUGGGAAGAAAUAUCUCCAACAUAUAUUAGAAGAUAGGGAAAGCAAGAAAAAACACAAGCAGAAUCAAGCAAAAGAGUUCUGGGACGCCGUCUAUCAGAAGAAAAAACAGAUCGAUAUACUCCCCCCCUUGACCUUGAACCAGUUCAUAAUAAUAUGCUUUGAUGAGGCCUCCGCACUUACUGAAACGGAUGAUCGGAAAGUCUUUAGGGCAAUUCGCAGAGCACUUCGCAAUCAACGGGAGAACAUCGUUGGAAUUUUCGCAGAUACAAAUUCCUCAAUUGGUGACUUAGUACCCGCUCAAGACGAAGAUGACUCUGCGAGGGAUUUGAAUCUUCACGCUCACAGACCGUUUGUUCACAUUGCUUCAACGGAUUGCUUAAGGUUUGGAUCUGAUUGUCCUUUGCAGGUGUCAGUUGGAGUGUUUGGUAAUAAUAUUUGUUUAUCACAUAGCAAUACAAGUUACUCCGAAGAAGAAAUGAAGAUGGGUUACAAUAUUGUUCGCUAUGGUCGGCCAUUGUGGCAGUCUAUGUGGAAUGGCAUGACAUAUGAUGCACCGCGUGAGAGGUAUCGCUACUUGGUGGAUAUAGCAAUGAUAAAGCUAUGCGGUGGAACUCUUAAGUGGGAAAAACACCGGCAACGAUCUGCAACAGCCCUGAUGGCUUGCACUGUUUGCAUCUACAUCUGUCCUCUAUCACGUAUGGCAAGAGACCUAGUCAAAUCACAUAUGGCGACAAUUAUCACUGCUGAGGACUCUGGUAAGAAGCAUCUCAUUGGAUAUCCAUCAGAACCAAUGUUAUCAGAAGGAGCAUUGACACUGCUAGCGAGGCCUGGCGUUGAGCUUGAAGUGCUGAAGGAGCUGGAUUUAGUUGGAAAAGAAGGUGGGGUUAUCGAUACUGGCAAUCGAGGAGGACUGUGUGCAAGAAUACUGCUAUUAAGUGCAAGGCGUCGGCAGAUACUAUCCUUUAGGAAGGAAAAUUGUGAGAAUUAUCCAACAUUCUCUGCCCAUCAACCAGUUAUUGCAUACCUUCACGAACUGUUCUCUUCUGAGUUUUCCCAUGAGAAAUUCCAACACCUGGCAGCAUAUGAUAUGGGAUUCACACAUUUUGUCACGCUUGACCAUACCCCAGAUGAAUCUACUUUGCAGCUCUGUUGGGAUCGAGGUGCAGCCAUCAUCUACCAGCGCAACCAGCCAGGUGCAGAUAUCGCAUUAGUCAUGUGCCACCGAGAUGAAAAAAAAUUAGCAGUAUUGAAUAUACAGGUGAAAAAUCAUGCAAGACCUGAAAGCAGAGGUGUGCGGAAUUAUGCUGUUGCUAAUGGCCUCCGGACAUCGAUGACACUGUGCAAAACGUGUGCACAUUUAGAGGAUUCUUCUGUUGGUAUUUAUAUUCAAAUCGGUGAAGCAUAUGCGAAUAACCCAAAGUUUGAAACAUACCACUAUGGUGAAGGAAGAAAUCGUCAUGGAAAUAUGACGUUAAACUUUUCUAAUACUAAUGAUACUAAAAAAGCAAACAGGUUGGUAGUUCUCGGCUUGGGCUGCUUCAAACUUGAUCGACAAUAUUAUGAGGUCAUCCGGAGUCUCCUGCGGUCCUGGAUCGAUAUGUCAACGAUUUGUAGACCAACAGAAUUCAAGUUUAUAUGUAGAAUGUUUCCAGUUGUCUAUGGCUCUCAUGCUACCAAAAGGGCAAAGGAGAUCAAUAAUGACAAUGAUGAAGACGUGAAGGAUUAUUUGAUUAAUAAAAGAUGGAAAUCUGAUGAACAAGCGGAACAAGAUGAGGAAUGGCCUGAAGAAUAUGAAUAG